AUGGCCGCGACGACAUGCGCCUACGGCUACGGCAGCAGCUGCUCGCCGUCGCCGCCGCCCGCUGCCAUGGCCUCGCCCACGGCGGCGAGAUCCUUGCAGGCCAUGGAUCCGUUCAGCCACCACGGCCACAACCACGCCGUCCUAGGCUCCAUCAUCCACGGCGUCGUCAUGCCACCUCCGCCUGCCCCGCCACCUCCUCCGCUCCCGCCGCCACCGCCGCUUCUCGAUCUCCAUUCAGGCAACAGGAGCGGCCACUCCGGUUCCAAGGCGACGUCCCGUGACCCUGGCCUCUGCACCGAGGGCCUCGGCUCGGAGAGCUCCGAGAGCUCAGGCGACGUCGACCUCGGCGACGUGGUCGAUGACAACAUUGAAGAAAUGAGAGCAGAGCAGGCACUGCACUGCCAGGAAGAGAAGAUCAUGCCGGCAAGCGCAAGGGGCAGGAGGGUGUUCCCGCCGCCCAUAUCGGUCAUCGGCGCGGCCGGGAAACCAUGGCAGUACCUCAGGGCGCACCGCGGGGACGGCCGCCUCGUGCUGCGGGAGGUCAGGAUACCGUCGCGCGAGCUGCUCCAGGCGUGCCGGGAGGACGGCCGCCUCAAGCUCCAAUUUGCCCACCCGGAUGAUCAGGAAAACAACUAGUUGAUCGAUGAUCAUCAGUGCCAUUGACAGCAAGUCGAGAACUAGCACGGAUUAAACCGAUAUUGUACCAUCACAGUGCAACAACAAUCGGAGAAGAACCGACUGGACAGGGUUUUAGUUUCUUCCUACGAGGGUUAAUAAGUUAUCGUAGCAUGCCAGCCAGUGUCGUUUCUCAUCUUUCUUUUUCCAAAGAGUUGUAAAUAUCGCAGAAAUUUUGUUCGGUCUU